AAAGAAAUUCACAUCCCUUUUCAUUUCGUCGAUUUGAAGACUCAUUGUGGAAUUGAGAGCGAGAGGGGACGAGCUUAGCUUAAGAACAACUGUGUUUUUGUGCGGUUAUUUAUGAACUUUGACUCUAUUCAAACAGGAAUUAAUGCACCUUUUGACCCGUUUGCAGACGCGUCACGUGGAGAGGACGCCGCAGUAACUAAAAAUAUAGUACAUAUUCGUUUGCAACAAAGAAACGGCCGCAAGUGCCUGACCACCAUUCAAGGUCUCGAUACUAAGUUGGAUUUGAACAAAAUUACAAAGGCCUUUAAGAAGGAGUUUUGUUGCAACGGUUGUGUUGUAGACGACACUGAACUUGGAAGAGUCAUUCAACUGCAAGGAGACCAAAGGGAUAAAGUCAAAAAGUUCCUCGUCCACGAAAAGUUAGCGGAGAAGGACCUUAUCAAGGUGCACGGUAUAUGAGUGUUGUUUCGUGCUAAGAGACGUGGAAAGUUUUCUGUUGUUCUUUGCCGUUGUAUGUAGUCGAUAGUUAGUGACUAUACAUGUGUUUGCGAUAUUGUGAUAUGUUCUGCUUCGAUAAAAGUUGUUUCAACUUGCCUGAUUGGCUUGUGCUUUAUACAU